AAUCAUUUUGUUUACAUGAAAAACUCAACCGAACUAAAAAUCCGAAUUUAUGCUCAUUGGUUUUGGCAAAAGCGCUGGACAUGUAUAUAAUCAAGGAGAAAAAGAAAUCCCUAAACCCAAAGGAAAGAAGUCAAGAAUCAAACUCUUCCCAAAAACAUGGCCGCUAUACCCAAUCAGCUCCUAGAAGAAAUCCUUUCGAAUCUUCCCGUCGAAUCCCUCCUCAGAUUCGUAUCCGUCUCGAAACGAUGGAGAUCGAUGAUCCGAUCUCGGCAUCUCGUGGAGAAACACAUGACCCGUCACAGAUGCCUACCGAGGAGAAUCAUCUUCUUCGCGUUAAAGGAAAGAAAAGAUGAUCAUGAAUACGAUAUUUAUCUCAAGAGUUUCGUCAGAGAAGGUGGAGAUGGACCCGCUCUUCGUUCUUACUUUCUCUCCCGUCGUUUUCAACCUCCUCUUCGAUUUUCGGGUUCUUGCGAUGGAUUGGUGUGCUUCAACGAUCAGAUUUCGGCCUAUGUGAUUAACCCCGCCACGAGAGAGCUCCGGGAACUUCCUCCGGCGAACUUCCAGGUCAACCCUAGCGACACAACCCCAUCAAAUCCGAUUCGGACAGUAGUAGUUUGCCGGAAUUGUCAUGUGAAAGAAAUCUCUAGAACAUCGGUUGGAUUCGGGAGAGACAACAUCACGCGUACUUACAAAGUGGUCUUGUUAUACCGGGAAGGAAAUGAAGAUGGCUACAUCACCAAGUGCGAGGUUUUCUCUCUUGACACUGCCCUUUGGAGACGCAUAGAUCCGCCUAUUCAUGGUGUCAUCAAUCCCACACCGAAACCCAUUUACAAAAGCGGAUGCCUAUACUGGUUCGCGUAUAUAUACGAGGGGCCGGGAUGGAAACUGAAAGUGAUAGCUUUCGACCUUCACAAAGAGAGUUUCCACAUGACGCCAAACCCGGGUUUUCAAGACCACGAAUCUUACAAACAGCUCAACAUGUUUAACCAUGAGGAUCGUGAUCUCAAGGUGAUAACCGUGAGUACGGAUCCAGAGGUCCGGAGGGUUUGGACAUUAUUAGGUCAUGAUGAUAAAUGGGAAGACACUACGGAAGCAGAAUCGUCGGGGGAAGGAGGAGAAGAGGGACAAAGGCAAUGGUGGCUUCGUCAAGAACGUCGCGAUGCGUUUCUUCUGCCUGGCCCUGAAUUCUUGUCUCUGGCCACCGGCCAAGAAGUGAAUGAUUACUUCGAAAGUUUGGUUUCAGUUUAUCAAUGAUUGUGCCUUGUUCCUGUGGAUAUCAAUCAAGUUACAUAGUUCGAUUUUAAGA